AUGUUAUACAGUGUUAUUAACAUACAAAAGAAGUUAGGUGUUAAGCGAAACAAUAAAGUUAAAAACACUCUCGUUUUGUUACCUUCUGAUGCAUCCCCUUCACAAUGUCCAUUCGGAUUAGCUAAGGCCAUAUCGCCGAAAUUACUCUCUACUAUUAAACACGGUUAUGAACAUGAUGAACCUCCCUCUCAUGAGCACAUCGCGAAUCAAGAACUUUCAUUUCAUACGAGUGUCAUUGACAUGACAAUAUUAGCGUCUCCUAUGUACUCUCUUGGUCUGCAAAUAAAUCCUUUUGCUUCGGGUAGUAUAUUGAGUACUAUGGUUCGCAUUCAUGACGUCUUUUCUUUUUGUCUCUGCAAGCAACACACAACUGGGCUUUUCUCUGAGAGAUAUUGUUUGGAGAAUACUUGUUUUAUCAGAACAUUGGCUAUUUCAAAUUAUUGGAGAAGUGUAUGGAAACAAACAGUAUAA